AUGUCCACCACCACUACCACAGCGACAACGACUACGACAGGAUCAAUUCGUCUGCCUAAACCUGCGGUCCUCAAGGAACUCAAACCAUUACCCGCAUUCGACGUAUCCACAGCCACCGAUGAACGCACCAAAACCCUUGGCCAGUUACUCCAAAAGGGCCAUGUAACUGUCGCGCCGCUCCGAGAGCCGGAGCUGAUACUACACAGUCAUCUACCACAUGGAAGCGUUCAACACUUGCAGCUUCUAGGCUCAGCCUAUGGAAUCGGUGCAGGAAUCGAACAGUUGACGAAAUCGUAUGAGCAUGAAAUCACGACGCUCGUAAGUAUUGACGAAAGAUUCGUGCGCGGAGAUCAAAUCGAAAAAGCAAACUGGAGGGCUCAUUUGCAGGAGAAGAAGUUUACCGUUGCGUUUGUCGAUUUCUUCGAUGAAGAAGUAAAGAAAUCCGGAGGUGACUGGAAGAAGGUUGUGGAGGAGUAUCUGUACGCUGGUCCAGAGCCAUUGAUUAAUGGCUAUUGCGGCGGACUCGGCCACCCCUUCAUCCACCUAGCCUACGCCUACGAAUACGGUAGUAAAGAAGUUGCCACACAAGCCCUGAGCCUCGGAUGCACGGAAUACGACGGCUUUCACGGACUGAUCGACCACCCAUCGCCAGACAACUCGACCUACAAAACAACAUCCCUCGCAGAGAUCAUGCAACGCGUCCACGACGACCAGCGUUUCGACAACAUAUUCGCUCUCCCCGGAAUCACAAAUACGGAACUCUUAGCCGAGAAAUAUCUUCACAUCGUCCUGGAGCAUUGGAACGCUUGGGAAGUUGUUGACCCGCUGCAGCAACUAGAGCAGAUCUGCGACCUUAGCGUGCUGAUGGCCAUCAGCACCGGUGACGCCAUCGCUUCGUUCGAUUUCUUCUGCAUCCACCUGAUGACCGUUGCACAUGCGAUCCGAUUACUGUGGAUUUCCAUCCCAAAAGAACGCCAUGCGUCGAUUCUCAAGCAAUUUGCUCUGUUCCAGAUUGUUCAGUAUAUCAACCAGCUACGACCCGCGUUCGGGAUCGAGAAGCUCGAGAGCGUUGACGUGAAGGGUAGGGAUUGGGAGUGGGUUUAUAGUACGGCAUUGAAGCAUAAGUGGGCGUUGGAUUCGCAUUUCUUCAAGGUUGUCAGGGCGCCGAAAGUCAUGCAAGAUACUUAUGGUACGAAGGAUGGGUUCUACUUAAAGGCUGCUCUCAAGUUUCUAGACGAGUUUCACGGUUGGGAGGGGUUCGGCGCUGGAGUGGCAGGCUUUGAUCCGAAAAAGGACGGUUAUAUUCCAGAGUAG